AUGGCGUCCGUGGGGACAGCUUGGGGUCCGCCGACCCUAAGACUCCUGCGCUUCGCCGUGGCUACAACAGCGAAAGCUGUUCGUGCCUCGGUCGUGCAGGCGGUCAGGCCCCUCAAAGGUCAAUUACACUUGAUUCCCAUUCGGAAUGGGCUCGCUCGACGACACCCGAUUCACCCGUCCGCAAUCUUGAAACAGCAGAGACGCUUCUCUUCAAGACUCGCCAGGUCAGCCGCUCGAAAAGUCGAAAAUGUGGCACGCAGAUACUUCAGCUCCCAGCCCUCCGCUGCCCGAUCUCACGGUAUCGAUCGCUCCAAGAUCCCAUCAUCGAACACCUUGCGACGAGUAGCACAAUUCUCCGGCCGGGCUCCUUUUGCCACUACAUUGAGACCGAAUUUGACCGGCGGAGCGAUGCCCCGAACUGCUGGUGGCUAUAGCCUCGGAGGCGGUGCUCGGUACUUUUCCCAUACUCCGGCAGCCCCGGCCCAGGUCGUCCAGAACGUCUCGCAGGCCAUGAGAGGCUUCCUUCUCUCAGGACAGAAGCUUCGAUACGAUGGCCUCAACGGCCGUGGUGAGCGCCAGUAUCGCGCAGUCUCUGGUCUUGAGGACGACGCUAUGAACAAGCUUGCGGCCGUCCCCAAGUUCACCCCCGGCUCCUUCAUCGACUUCAAGCUCAGCCCAACGCUCACUGCUCUGAGCCCUCUGGCUGCUGCCAUCACUCAAGUGUCCGAGCUCUCCGGAUUGAAGGCCGAGGCUGUUGUAUCACCCACAAACCUCAACACUGAGGGCUUCCUUGAUGUCCUGUCGUCCGACUUUGGUCGUGCCCUCCAGGACCUGACGACGAUAUACGCCGACUUGCGUAGGUUGUCAAUUCUAGGCGAUCUCCCUAUAACGCAAGAAGGGAACGGCUCCCUCCGUGUUCGAUUCCCUGGUGUUGACGCGGAGACGGUCUGCCGUCUCUGCGAUGACAUUGGCAUCCAGCGUGGAGUGGUACGUCAGGAUCCGGACUUUGACCUGUCCGCCGGCGUACCCGUCGCGCUUAGGUUCCCAUUCGCUCCGGAUGCCGAAAAGACAUUGACAUCGCCGGGAGGUUCCGCUCGGUCUCUUACAGGACACGAAAUCGAGGAGAUUUCACUCUUUGGCGAUGACUCAUUCCUCCAAGAGGCCUUUGUCAUCGAAGAGAUUGCGGAGAAUCCAUGGCUCUCUGAACCGGAAGGUUACGAGAGCUUGUCUCCGCCGAUGAGCUCCGUAGAUCACUGCUCAACGGAAUUUGAGGGUCUCGAAGGCAUUUAUCGAUUCAUUGAGGAGUGUGAUCGUGCAAAGGCCAGGGUCCGCUAA